CGCGAGAGAAAACCCCCGCGCGCGCUCCGUGCCCAUCAUCGCGCUCCUCGCAGAUCCUCAGGCUCCAACCAACCCACCCACCCUCGCUCCGAAACCCCGAGCGUUUGAUGCGCGAUCGGAGGCGAUGCUGGAGACCGGCGGCGGCGCGGUGCUGAAGGAGGGCGCGCUGGAGAAGCGCAGCGACGGUCUGCUGCAGCUGUGGAAGAAGAAGCGCUGCGUGCUGACCGAGGAAGGACUGGUGCUCCACCCGCCCAAGCACCACCACCACCACCACGACACCGGCUGCAAGGCGAAGGAGCUGCACUUCGCCAACAUGAAGACGGUGGACUGCGUGGAGCGCAAGGGCAAGUACGUGUACUUCACGGUGGUGAUGUCCGAGGGCCGCGAGAUCGACUUCCGAUGCCCGCAGGACGAGGGCUGGAACGCGGAGAUCACGCUGCAGAUGGUCCAGUACAAGAACCGCCAGGCGAUCCUGGCCGUCAAGUCCAGCCGGCAGAAGCAGCAGCAGCUGCUCGUGGUCUCCGCGCAGAAGGUGCUCCGAAACGCGCAGUAGGACGCCGUUACCGACGGACGCUUCCGCGCGUAAAAAGCGCUGGAUGCGCGUUACCCACGUCGCUUUUUAGUGUCACCUCGCGCGCACGGACGCUCUCCGUGCAUCGAAAGACGUUUCGGCUGAAUUAGCACCGGGGAUGUGUCCUCUCGGAGGCUGUACGCCGGGCCCGGGGCAAGUUGUCACAGCGACGGAGAACCCGUUUGCGUGAACGUCGCGGAGCUAUGAGUGUCGCUUUCAAACGUAUAGCACAAAGCAGAUUUAAAUAAGCAUCGGUUUUGUCAAUCCUCCCCUCGAAGUGAGAUUUAUUUUGGCGUUUUGGUGAACUGUGAAGCCACCCCGGAGCGUGCACGAAACCAGGCACGAGUCGCAAGGGCGCUUUGUUUCUUUGAGUUUUUUUUUAAAUGCCAUAAAUCAUCAGGAUAUUAGGCGAAGAACAUGUUCCGUAAAGCUACUUCUUUUAAUAGUAACGCGCAUUGCUAAGGACUUCAUUUGGACAGCUUUAAAGUAGUUUUGAUUUCUUUGCUCCCUCAGAGUCAAGAUUUUCAAACGAUUGCAUCUCAGCAGUAUUUACGCAUCUUUCAAUUGAUUUAAAAAGGGUUUUGUGGACCAGGGUCACGUUUAUUUCUAAGCUAAAGCUCAAAUAUAUAGGGUCAAUUAGAUAAAUAGGGACACUUUUGCCAUUGAGAUACCUGGGAAAAUGUCCCAAAUAUUUUGAAUGAACUCCUAUUGAAGUUAACGCUCUUUUCAGGGCAAGAUAAUUAUACGAUAAUGUCCAGCUGGGGCAAGUUGUCACAAUGCAAUUUUAACCCAUUUGCUUGUCAUAUUGUCUCUUCCUUGAAUUGUUUUUUGUGUAUUUUUAUCGCUUGUUUUCCCCUUCUACAAUCCUCGCUCCCAGAUCAGUGUCAUACAAAGAAGACUGUUCCCACUGUGACAACAUGCCCCGCUUUAUGCAUUCAAUGAACUGUAUUUUCUAGACACGGAUGGUUCACGAUUGUUUGACGGACAGAGAAGAAACACCGGAGUCAAGGUGUGACAGCUAGCCCCGGUCUCUCUGCGAAACGCCUUCAGUGCGUCAUCGCUCGUCUGGCCCGGACAGAAAAGCCACCAUCACUUUCCAUUUCAGCGCGGCUCCAGACACGCGAUCGAUAUCUUCCAGGAGACCCGAAAGGCCAAUCUGUUCCGGUCCAGACCGCAGUCUGCAUGGGUUUUAAAGAGACUGAAAAGCUGCAGACUUGAUCUUUCUCUGACCGGAGAUGCACAGCGCUGAAUUAUGCAUCCCGUCAUGUAUUUAUUUGUACAUAUUUUUUGUAGCAGGCCAUUUGCAUAUCUGAAUGUCGGGUUGUGUUUCUUAAAGUCCGUCGGAUGCACAAUGAGCUUUUGAUUUUCUUUUGUUUGUCUGUGUAACGAGGAAGAUUCGCGCAGGACCAACGGCUCUCGGUUGCUAUUCAAACCAAAGAAUGUCGAGACGUUUGCAUCUGCUUCUACCUUGUGUUUUGUCGAGGGUUAUUGGUUGCGAUCGUCGACCUCAGUCGGUGCGGACGCCACACGGAAAUAAAUGCGGGUUUAAUGGUGGCCUCUGUCCUGACCGAGCGUGUCGAUCUGAUCAAUAUAGUGUUGCAUCAAAUGCAUGGAGACAGGAUGCUUGUGUGAAAAUGAUGUUUUGUUGAUGGGACGCUGAUGCCAAUGCCACUGUCAUACCUUUGAAAUAUACAUUCCAUUUAAAAUGAA